AUGCAACUCGAAGAACAAAGCAUUACUGAAUCUCCCGCACCAAUUCCUAAUAUUUCAGUAAAUGGAGAAGAUAUGAUUAAAUCAUAUGAAAAUGAAACUGUACAAAUAAAACCAAGUAAAUGGGCCAAAGUAAAAGCUGUCAAUCGUCGUAUCGUACCCAGUCAAACACAAGGAGAAGUUAGAUUAAGUAGUAUUCUUGAUGAUCUUCGAAAAUUUGAAAUAGAAGCACAAAAAAUACCUCGUCCAGAUGAACAAAGAAGAAAAAAAAAUCUAUGUCAUUAUAUAAGAUUAUCUCGAUAUCAUAUAGCACAAUUUCUUCAAAAACCAUUAUAUAAUUAUAUUAUUAUAUUAUUAGUUAUGACAGAUCUAAUCGUAGUUUUAGUUGAUUUAGUUCUCGCUCAAUUAUCAUCACCUUGUUUAUCGGAAGAUGAAAUGAUUAUGUAUAAUACAACUGAACAACCUGAUGCAUGUUUAAUUGAACAUUCUGUUCAUUUAGCUCGUACUGAAGCAUUUCUUUUUUGGUUUUCAGUUUUAUUACUGACUUUAUUUGUUUUCGAAGUUUUCACUUCAUUUUUUGCAUUGGGUUGGAGAUAUUAUAAAAAUCCAUUAUUUUUAAUUGAUAGUAUUAUUGUAUGUGCAUCUUUUAUUCUGGAAAUAUAUUUUCAUUUUGGAAAUAUUGGACGCGCUGGACGAGCUGCUGCUGCAAUUGUUAUUUUACGUUUAUGGAAGAUUAUUCGAGCUAUUCAUGCUGUUGCACAUUCAAUUACAGUUAAAAAUCGUUUAUUAAUUAAAAAAAUUCAUGAAGCUAAAGUAUUAUUAGAAGAAGAAAAACAACAAACGGAAAAAGCAUUAGAAAAACAAGAAAUUAGAUUGGAAUAUUUGAUUAAUAUUUUAACUACAAUAGGUAAACUACCUUCACCACAAUUAAUUGAGAAUUAUGUCAAUGAAGUAUGGAGACAAAAGCAUGAACCACAAGAAUUGUGA